AUGCACGAUGGAGCUCUGUCUGUCUGUCUGUCUGUCUGUCUCCUGGAUCCCGAUGGACUUUUUUCGAUCCCGGAAAAACCGCGGCACGACAGAACCAACAACUCAUUGCCGCGGCGCCUGCGCAUGGGGCCGCGCCUAGAACACCCGCCUAAGCGCGCGACACGGCUCUCGAUCUGCAGGGAGCAGGACAAGGAUGCGACCGUCUACAUCGGCAACAUCGACGAGCGCGCGACUUCAACCAUGGUCUACGAGAUCAUGCUCCAGAUGGGCCCCAUCCACAACAUUCACAUGCCCCGCGACCGUGUCACACAAACCCACCAGGGCUUCGGCUUCGUCGAGUUCCGCACCCCCAGCGACGCAGAGUACGCAGCCAACGUGAUGAACGGUGUCAAAUUGUACGGCAAAUCCCUGCGCGUCAACAAGGCAAGCGCAGACAAGCAGAAGCAGGCCGAGGUCGGCGCCGAGCUCUUCGUCGGCAACCUCGACCCCAUGGUCGACGAGAAGAUCCUCUACGACACCUUCUCUCGCUUCGGCCCCCUCCUCACGCUGCCCAAGGUCGCCCGCGAGGACAGCGGCAACUCCAAGGGCUUCGGCUUCAUCUCCUUUGCCGACUUUGAGAGCUCCGACGCCGCCGUCGAGAACCUCCACGGCCAGUACCUCCUCAGCAAGGAGGUGUCUGUCCAGUACGCCUUCAAGAAGGACGGCAAGGGCGAGCGCCACGGCGACGCCGCCGAGCGUAAUGCGGCGCUCCAUGUGCCAAGGGCGAAUGAUGCCAUGGGCCAUCGAACCAGGUGGCUCCCUUUGAUGAGGAAGGGGGCCCAUGGUCGCAGCGCUUGCCAGGAGUUGGACACAAUGGUCUGUCUGUCCGCGCCUCUUGUCGGGGACUGA